CUCUUUGCAGCUGCAGCAUAUAAGAGGAGCCGGCAUUUUACACCUCCUUUAGUCAUCUGCAUCGACCAGAGCUACAUCAGUCAAAAUGUCUAAGGGACCAGCUGUUGGCAUUGAUCUUGGGACCACCUACUCCUGUGUAGGUGUAUUCCAGCAUGGCAAGGUUGAAAUUAUUGCCAAUGACCAAGGAAACAGGACUACACCUAGCUAUGUGGCAUUCACAGACACAGAGAGAUUGAUUGGGGAUGCAGCCAAGAACCAGGUUGCAAUGAACCCCACGAACACAGUAUUUGAUGCCAAGCGACUGAUUGGCCGUAGGUUCGAUGACGGAGUUGUUCAGUCUGACAUGAAGCACUGGCCAUUUACUGUCAUCAACGAUAACACCCGCCCUAAAGUCCAGGUUGAGUACAAGGGUGAGACCAAGAGCUUCUACCCUGAGGAAAUUUCCUCUAUGGUACUCACAAAAAUGAAGGAGAUUGCCGAGGCCUACCUGGGAAAGACAGUUUCUAAUGCUGUGAUUACCGUGCCUGCCUACUUCAAUGACUCUCAGCGCCAGGCAACUAAAGAUGCUGGAACCAUUUCAGGCCUUAAUGUUCUCAGGAUCAUUAAUGAACCCACUGCUGCUGCUAUUGCCUAUGGUUUGGACAAAAAGGUUGGUGCUGAGAGGAACGUUCUGAUCUUUGAUCUUGGUGGCGGAACCUUUGAUGUGUCCAUCCUAACCAUUGAAGAUGGGAUCUUUGAGGUCAAAUCUACAGCUGGCGAUACUCACUUGGGUGGGGAAGACUUCGACAACCGCAUGGUGAAUCACUUUAUUGCUGAGUUCAAGCGCAAGUACAAGAAGGACAUCAGUGACAACAAGAGAGCCGUUCGCCGUCUCCGCACCGCCUGUGAGCGAGCCAAGCGCACCCUGUCCUCCAGCACUCAGGCCAGUAUCGAGAUUGAUUCCCUCUAUGAGGGUGUUGAUUUCUACACCUCCAUUACAAGGGCUCGUUUUGAGGAGCUCAAUGCCGACCUCUUCCGCGGCACCCUGGACCCAGUUGAGAAGUCACUCCGUGAUGCCAAGAUGGACAAGUCUCAGAUCCAUGACAUUGUCCUUGUCGGCGGUUCUACUCGUAUCCCCAAGAUCCAGAAGCUGCUGCAAGACUUCUUCAAUGGCAAGGAACUGAACAAGAGCAUCAACCCCGAUGAGGCUGUGGCUUAUGGAGCAGCCGUGCAGGCUGCUAUCCUGUCUGGUGACAAGUCUGAGAACGUGCAGGACCUGCUGCUGUUGGACGUUACUCCGCUGUCCCUGGGAAUUGAGACUGCUGGUGGGGUCAUGACUGUGCUCAUCAAGCGUAACACCACAAUUCCAACCAAGCAGACUCAGACCUUCACCACCUACUCCGACAACCAGCCUGGUGUGCUGAUUCAGGUCUAUGAGGGCGAGAGAGCAAUGACCAAGGAUAACAACUUGCUGGGCAAGUUUGAGCUCACUGGAAUUCCCCCAGCUCCCCGUGGCGUUCCUCAGAUUGAAGUCACCUUUGACAUCGACGCCAACGGCAUCAUGAACGUGUCUGCCGUUGACAAGAGCACGGGCAAGGAGAACAAGAUCACAAUUACCAACGACAAAGGCCGUCUGAGCAAGGAGGACAUCGAGCGUAUGGUGCAGGAGGCAGAGAAGUACAAGGCUGAAGAUGAUGUGCAGCGCGACAAGGUUUCUGCCAAGAACGGCCUAGAAUCCUACGCUUUCAACAUGAAGUCCACCGUGGAAGACGAGAAACUGAAGGGCAAGAUCAGUGAUGAAGAUAAGCAGAAGAUUCUGGACAAGUGUAAUGAGGUCAUCAGCUGGCUAGACAAGAAUCAGACUGCCGAGAAGGACGAGUAUGAGCACCAGCAGAAGGAGCUGGAGAAGGUGUGCAACCCCAUCAUCACCAAACUGUACCAGAGUGCUGGAGGCGUGCCAGGUGGAAUGCCCGACGGCAUGCCAGGCGGCUUCCCAGGAGCUGGUGCCGCCCCAGGAGGUGGAUCCUCUGGACCCACCAUUGAGGAGGUCGACUAAGCCAUUCCAAGAUCAUUCUGCUACCUCUGCAGCGAUGUUUACUCGUGCCCUCUGUGAUAGAAUCUCUCUGACUCUCCCAGUUGGAAAGUUGAAGUUUUUAACAACUUGAACGGAUUCUGUUACAGAGUGACCAUUGCAAUUAUUGAACCAGGGAUUUAGGGAUCACUUCUCUUCAGAGCACAGGGAACAUUUUCUAUUCUUGUGUUGCACAACUUUAAUUUGUCAACUGUUACUUGCAUAAGCAACUUCCUGAUGUCAUGACUAAAUAAAUGGUGACCUUCCCAUUCCUGCUUA